AUGGUGCCUCGCGGCCCUCGCGGGGCUGAGCAAAUUUCUUCUUUCUCGGGCACCCCUCCCGGAAAUUUCCCCGUCGUCGAACUCUUUCGUGGCCUGUCGUGGCUGCCGUUUUCCAACCAGCGUCGCUGCGCCCGCGGCGCCACCUGGCUGAUGUGCGAGGCGCCCUCGAGCUCCGCCUUCGUGGCGGAGGCCGUCGCCAGCGCCUCGUCGCAACGAAACGGCGACAAGGACGGCAGCGGCGCCGCCGCGUCGAGCGCUCCGCCUGCCGUCGACGUCGAGCAGGAGAGUGCGUACCUCCUGAAUGACGGGCGGGUGGGUAUGGCUCUCAUCGGCGGCUCCAUCACGCUGCUCGCCCUCAUCGACGCCGCGCUCGUCGCCUGGCUCCCCUCCGCCGCCUGCGUGCGGCUCGGCGCCGUCGAGUCGAACGCCGUCUUGCUCGCCUUCACGGUGCAAACGGGCUCCGCGCUGGAGCAGCUGACGCGCAGGCCGCUGCCCUCGAUGCGCUGGACGUCUCGCUGCAUCGUUGCUGUCAAGCUCUGCGCCGCGGCGACCAACCUCGCCCUCUACCUCCUCCCGACGCCGUUUGUCGUCGACGCCGUCACGGGCCGGCCAAACUGCAUGCUGCGGUGGGGGGAGUGGGUCGUGCUCGCGGGGCUGAUGACCUUCGUGGUGGACGCGACGGACGCGACGCGCCUCCGCACGCCGCUCAUCACGGCCACCUCGCAGGCCCUCUCCACACUGUGCGGCCUGCUGCUCCCACUCGCCGGCGGGGGCGCCGCCUGGGCGGUCACUCUGGUCGCCUCCUUCCUCCUCUUCUCGUGCAUCGUGCUGCGGCUGUUCGAGCGCGAGGCGCGGCUGCGCGCGCUGUCGGAGCAGUGCAAGGCGGACUCGUACCAGCUCGCCAAGGCGCGCCUCGCCGCGUCGCUCAUGCGCCAGUGCGUCGUCUGUUGGUCGCUGCUGGUCGCCGUCUGGUGCGGCGACGCGCUCGCGCGUCUGCUCGGCGUCGCAUCCGAGGUGGACGUCGGCUUCGUCGCCGACGCCGCGAUCGACGUGCUUGCCAAGCAGCUGUACGCCUCCGCCAUCGAGGAAGGCGCCACGGCAGCGCCGCUGCUGCACGGCCUCGAGCGCGGCCGCGAGGCGGCCGAGCGGAUGGACUUUGUGUGGCGCGGCGCCGCCGACGUCAUCGUCGUGUCGCGGCGGCUGCGUGACGGGCUCGCGCAGCUAGAGCGCGAGGCGACCGCGGCGGCGGUGGAGCGGCAGAAGGACGAGGAGGCGAACCGCUUCUCACGGCACGAGGUCAAGAACGGCGUGCUCGCCGCGCUGUCGCAGCUCGACUCGAUCUCGGCCGAGAUGCGGCGCAAGGCCCUGGCGCGGGACGUGCUCCACGGCAACUACCUGCCGCGCACGGCGCCGUGCAAGAUCGAGCAGGCGCCCGGCCCGUUAGCGCUCGGCCUCGCCUGGCAGAUCAACGAGCGGUUCCCGCUCACCACGCACCCCUCGCCGCUCCCCGUGGUCGACAUCGACCAGCGUCUGCUCUGCCUCGUCCACCGCAACGCCCUCUCCAACGCCUGCAAGUACGGCCGCCACGGCGGCGUCGUCGCGACGGAGGCGUCGAGUCACGCACUAGUGGUCCUUGCGGGCGACCAGCUCACCAUCCGAGUCGUCAACGAGCCGGGCGAGCAGCACGAGAGCGUGCGGGGUCUGGACCCGGCGUCGGCGAUCGCGACCGCGCGGGUUUCCAAGGGGGACGGCGGCUGGGUGAUGGCCAAGUGCGCCGAGUGCAUGCUCGGCGAGUGCUCCAUCGCCUUCCGCGAGGCGGAGACGGAGUCCUUCCUCGACGAGGCCGACCUCUCUGCCGGCGUGACGGCGCUCGCGAUCGACGACUGCGACGCGGACGGCCACGUCUUGAGUCAGGCCGUCUUCGCGUCGCUCGGCAUCCCGGAGGAGAGCACCACGCUGAUCGGCACGACGGAUGAGGAGGUGAAGGGCGCGGCGGACACGAUCGUCGCCGCGGUCGAGGCGCUGCCCCCGGACGGCCGCCUCCUCCUCAUCGUCGACGAGAACCUGGACUUGGCCUUCCCCUCGUCCGAGACCGUCUCGGGGUCGUACGCCGCGCGGACGGCGCUCAACCGAAUGCCGCCGAGCGAGGAGGCGCGCGCCAUACCUCCAGAGUACCGAAUCCAGCGUGGGUUCAGGUGCUUUGGUGGUGUGGCGCCGUCAGAGCCGGACCGGCGCACCGUGCUGCGCACGUGGGUCACCCGCUUUGGGUGCGAGGCGGUGACGCGCAAGGGUGCGCCGGCGCGCAGCGCCGCCGACAGCGCGCAGCUGGACGAUGAGGACGAGAUGCGAGCGGCGGCGGCGGCGGAGCUGCGGCGGCUGGUGGCGCUGAUCGGCGCGGAGCGCGCCAGCGCGCUCGGUUCGAGCCGAGCCCUCGGCUGCUGCGGCGCCGACGAGCUCAUCCGGACCAUCGAGUCGCUGCGGUCGCGGGGGGAGCUCGAGGAGGCGGUGUGGAGCCUCAUCGAGCGGGGAUCGCUCGCCAUCGCACCGUCGCUCGUCCCCGGCACCUGA